UUUUCAGUGCUAUGAGAAUUCUAUUGUCAAAAGUUCCGCGUCAAUGGGUCAUUGACGAGAAAAAAGAUGACGGCUACACGGCACUCCAUCUUGCAGCAUUGAACAACCAUGUUGAGGUAGCAGAGCUACUUGUGCAUGGAACUGGAUCUGAUAGGAAAGCAAAUCUUGAUAUUCAGAAUGUGAACUUACAGACGGCCUUACAUCUAGCCGUGGAGAGACAGCAUACACAGAUUGUCAGGUUGCUUGUUAGAGAAGGAUGUAACCUAAAUGUACCAGAUAAAGAUGGGGACACGCCCCUACACGAGGCUUUGAGACAUCACACCCUGUCCCAGCUACGUCAGUUACAGGACAUGCAGGAUGUGGGCAAGCUAUUGAUGGGGCUUGGUACACCAGGAGCAGAUAAAAAGUCGAGUGCAUCUAUUGCCUGUUUCCUCGCUGCCAAUGGAGCUGAUCUGAAUAUCAAAAACAAGAAGGGACAGACCCCUCUUGACCUUUGCCCUGACCCUAACCUAUGUAAAGCUCUUGCCAAAUGUCAUAAAGAGAGAUUGAGUCCGGGAGGAGCAUCAAAUGUUGCCAUUAUUCGUAACGACCAGGAAGCCCUCGAGGAGUGUAUGGUAUGCUCCGAUCUGAAGAGGGAUACAUUAUUUGGACCAUGUGGUCAUAUAGCAACAUGCUCCUUGUGCUCACCCAGGGUAAAGAAAUGCCUUCUCUGUAAAGAGCAUGUGCAAUCUCGAACCAAGAUAGAAGAAUGUGUGGUGUGCUCUGAUAAGAAAGCGUCAGUUCUCUUCAAACCCUGUUCACAUAUGUGUGCAUGUGAUGGUUGUGCAAGUUUAAUGAAGAAGUGUGUACAGUGUAGAGCAUCAAUAGACAAGCUGGUACCAUUCAUUGUCUGCUGUGGAGGAAAUCCCCCACCAGCUCCGCAACCUGCUGGUAUAAUGAACAAUGGAGCGAAGGACGUUGGAAAAGACAUACAGAAACUACAACAACAACUACAAGAUAUUAAAGAUCAGACGUGUUGUCCAGUGUGUAUGGAUAGACUGAAAAACAUGAUAUUUUUGUGUGGUCACGGUACAUGUCAGAUGUGUGGAGAUCGCAUGGCAGAAUGUCCCAUCUGUCGAAAACAGGUUGAGAAACGUAUUCUCCUGUACUGAAAAUAAACUUCGAUCCUCAAAAAUGGAAGGACUAGAAAUAUGGUCUUACUUGUGCUAAACUUUCGAAAAAUGUGUAAAAAAAGAACAUUAUAGAGAAAAUUUAAGGAUUUUGGAAUUUUUUCUUUGCGUAGAAAAAAAAUUGCCAAAGAGAAUUUUUGCUCUGCUUAUAAUAUAAUUAUAUUGAAAUAAUGCUAUUUUAGAGAAAGAGAAAGAAAAGUUUGCAUAAUUCACUAGUCGGGUGCAACAUCAGUCCUCUAUGCGGUAUAAACUAUACCUUGGAAAAUAAUUACAGGGGUUUUUGACUUAGAUUAUAAAGGCCCAUCUCUGCAUUCUCAACUUAAUGUCGCCAGAAUUUGGUACCCAAACAAAACCAAGGUAUAUACUUAGCAAUAUGGGGGGAAAUUGAAGGUUAAAACUUAACGCCCCUGAUUAAGGGGGGGCGGGGCUAGGGGAUGGUGUUGUAAUUGGCUGAUGUAUAACGGCUUGUAUUGUGAUUGGCCAGUUGGUAUGAAAUUGUGUAUAUUCUUUAGGAGUCAGUUCAUUAAUAUGUAAAUCAUAUAGAUAGGUAUACAAUGUAAAAAAUAAGGAUCAGAGUUCCCUGUUAUAUUUUCCUCUUUUUUUAAUAGCUUGUUUUGUAAGUAUUACAUAUGAUAUUGUAAAAUAGAAAAUCAAGGAGACAUGACAGUAAACUGUUGCAAGAAUUUUUCUCUGUUUUUUUGUUUGUGCAAUGAGUAGUUUUAGAACAGAUAAAGCUUCAUGUUCAACUGGAUGAUUUCUGUCAUCUUGAUUUAUUUGAUGAGCAGUUCUGGCUCUUUUUCUGUUGCAAAUUUGCAAUGCUAGAAAAUAAAAUAGGUUUUACAAAUAAGUUAUGGCAAUUGUACGAUUUAAGAAAGUAGAAUAUUAAAAUUUGAUAAAUUGUAUUUUUAGCUUUUUAGCCAGCUAAAUUUGUAUUUUGACUUGCUUACUUUAAAUUUGAAGUAGUCAUUUGUUGAUAUAAGGGAUUUCAAUUCUGAAAAUGGUUCUGUAAGUUUAUAUAGCAUUUAUUUUACUUUGGUUGUGUAGGAAGCUUUAAGCUUAUAGACAUAUUCUUUAAUCUGUUCCUGGAACCAACAAGUACUGAGCAAUGAGUGUAAAGUUUCUUGCUUAAAGACACAAUGGCUUACCCCCUGACAGGGACCCAGAAUCCUUAAAUUACAUGUCUGACAUGUUUACCACUUUAUCAUGCUGUCACUUAAAAGGUACUUUUAAGCAGCCAUUUAAGUUAAGGGCAUCAAAGCAAAAACGUAUAUAUAAAAAGUUAUGUCACCGUUUCUCAACAGAAAAUGUAUAUUUCCUUGGCAUAUUGUACAAAGACGUGACUGUUUAACUGACCCUAAUAUUGUCUGAUACGCAUUUAUUAUGGCAAAGAUACAAAAAAACUCUGUCACAAAAGACAUUCAAUAGUGUUGUGUAUUUUAUCAUAAAAAGGAGAGAAAAUGACUGUAUAAAAUGACUGUUUCACAGAAAAUUGGUUAUUUCCAUUUUGUGCUUGAAAUGUUACAUAGAGGGACACAGGAGGUCUUCCUCUGCCAUUCACGUUGGAAAAUCCCAAGACGACCUUGUUAGUGUUAAUGAGAUCUGAAACUGAGCAUUUUCUUUUAAACGUGACCUAGAUUUAUGUAAAACAAGUUAUUUUAAUUUUCUGUUAUAUAAGUUGUUUUUUUGUGAUAAAGAAGAAAACCUAUUGUACCAAAUGUUAUAGCGAGGCUGAGGUGUAUAUAAAUAUAUAUAGAAUGCUUUCCUAUCACUUAAUAUUGUCAAGGUUUGUGCUGUUCUUUUUUUUAAAUCUAAUCAUUAACAACACAAAAUUUGAGUAUUAAUUUCAUUUCAAAUUUAUUUAAUGCAUGUAAAAAAAAUGAUAAUGUUAAGCUUAAACAUAUUGUAAGGAAUGAUUUCAAUGACAAAUGAUUUGAAUUUUUGUUUGCUUCACAGAUUCAUAUCAACAUAAUAUUUUGCCUUGUUUGGUUGACAUUUGAUCAAUUCAUAAAUAUAUGAACAUGUCUGUUUUGUUAUGUAAACUAUUAAACCAAGUGUUAAAAUGUAUAACUUGUGAAUGAAUUUUGAGGCCCAACCUACAGAAUAUGUUCCAAAAAGUAAAUCUUGAUAAUGGUUUGUAGAUUUAAAUUUAAACCAUUAUAGCUUGUAUACAUGUAUUAGUAUUAAUUAAGAUAAAAAGGUAUAAUAGUUCUUAUAGCAACAGGUCUCCAGAGUCAUGCUAAUUUUAAUGAAAAUUUUGAAAAUGUAUUUCAAAGUAUUAUAUUGUAAGAUGAACAAAGAGUGUAAUUUACACAUUGCAAUCAGCACUUAUAAUCCACGUAAAUUACACACAAAAAAAGAGGUCAAAAUAUGCAAAAAUAGCUCUUACUGCAUUAGUCAUGAAGUAGAAAUGUGAUGAUAAAUACUACAAUAUCUGUCAUUUAUUGCAUAUAACGUGUAAAUUAUUUCUUGAAUUGUGAACAUUUUUAUUAGUUUUGUUAAAAUCUUAGUACCAUUCCUCAAGGUUGGUUUUCUUGAAAUAUUUUUGCUCUUUGAGGCAUGCAGCUUAAAUGGCAUACAAUUUUUGUUUAUUAGCUCAACUAUUCGAAGAAUAUGAGAGCUAUUGUAGUCGCCCCGGAGUCCGCGUCGGCGUCUGAGUUGGUUAAAGUUUUUUGUAAAGUCAAAUAUCUCAAUUAUUACUUGAGAUAUUCAAUUGAAACUUACAAUACUUAUUUAUAGUAACAAGGUACAUCAGAUUGACAAGUUGGAUAACUCUGCCUACAAUAUUGACAGAAUUAUGCCCCUUUUUAACUCAGAAAUUUUGGUUAAAGUUUUUUGUAAAGUCAAAUAUCUCAAUUAUUGCUUGAGAUAUUCAAUUGAAACUUACAAUACUUAUUUAUAGUAACAAGGUUCAUCAGAUUGACAAGUUGGAUAACUCUGCCUACAAUAUUGACAGAAUUAUGCCCCUUUUUAACUUAGAAAUUUUGGUUAAAGUUUUUUGUAAAGUCAAAUAUCUCAAUUAUUGCUUGAGAUAUUCAAUUGAAACUUACAAUACUUAUUUAUAGUAACAAGGUUCAUCAGAUUGACAAGUUGGAUAACUCUGCCUACAAUAUUGACAGAAUUAUGCCCCUUUUUAACUUAGAAAUUUUGGUUAAAGUUUUUUGUAAAGUCAAAUAUCUCAAUUAUUGCUUGAGAUAUUCAAUUGAAAUUUAAAAUACUUUUUUAUAGUAACAAUGUACAUCAGUUUGCAAAAUUGCAUAACUCUGCCUGCAAUAUUUGCAGAAUUAUUUGCCCCUUUGAAACUUAGAAAUUUUGGUUACAAUUUAAAAGUCUUCAAAGAUAUUUACUUGAAACUUUACACAUGCACUUAGGGUCAUAAUUUGAGGGUCAUAAUUGUAUGUCACUGACCAAGUUUCAUAACUCUAUCUUGCAUUAAGGCUGAUUCAUAUCCCCUUUUUCUACUUAGUCUCUUGGUUAAUGUUAACAUGCAAGUUUUACAUAUCUCAAUAACUAUUAAAGGUAUUUAUUUAAAACUUCACAUAUGCAUUUAGGGUCAUAAUUGUAGGUCACUGACAAAGAUUCAUAAUUCUAUCUUGCAUUUAGGCUGAUUUUUCUCCCCUUUUUCAACUUAGAAAUUCAUGGUAAAGUUUUGCUUGUAAGCUGUUAUCUCAAUAACUACUGAAGGGUUUGUGCCUUUUUUGGGACAAUUUUAUGCAUUCAUAAUAAUAAAGCAGUGAUUUACUUGAUAAAACAUCUUAAUAACAAGCCUUUGUACCUCUUCUGUCAAAUUUAUGUAUUCAUAGGUAAUUAGUAUUAUUACACUAAAUAAAACACCCUUGUGACAUUACCUUCCAAAUAGUCAAGCCAAUACUGUAUAAUAAGAGUCUCUCUAGGGCCUAUAACAUGAAUUUAUAAAAAAAAAUUAGCCCUUUUGUGAACUUAAAAAAUUUAACAUUAUCAAGGCUCUUUUACUAUCAAGCACUUAGAAUAGUCGAGCAUGCUGUCCUACCGACAGCUCUUGUUUUUUAUAAAUGCUCACUUAUUGUUGACAGACACAAGCUUGCUUAUGCCUAUUUUUUGGUGACUAAUAUAGCAAACACACAGUUUUCUUAGCUAUCAUUAAAAUAAUUAUUGCAAGUUGAAUAGUAAAGUUUAUGUUAAAAACUUCCAACUUGCCAUUACAAGCAUUUGUUUUCUGGCUUACCUGUAAUAUACGAAGAAAUGGGCAUUUCUUAUUUGUUUUCAAAACCUAUUUAAAAAUGUAUUUUUUUAUUUGAAUAUUUAUCUUAUUUUUGUGAUUUUAUUGGAAAAGAAAUUUCACAAAGAAAUCUUGUACAAUCUUGUAUAACUGUUUGUACUGUGAAAAAAAUGUAUAUUUCUUUGUUUUAGUAAAUAAAUCAUGUAAUUUAUAGCAUGUUUAUAACAGAUCUAAAGUGUUUGAAAUAUGAAAGGGUUAUUGUAAGUAAAGUAAGCUGUUGCAAUUCAGGAAAUAAUACAACUUCUAUUCAAGUGUUAUUUCUUCAGUCGUCAAAAAUGGGGAAUUACAUUCAAAUCUGCUCUUUUACAUGUGCAUAGAACAUAGCAUAAACAAUGGCUGUUAAUGUAUUAAUGUUAGAAAGUUGGCUAUGAUUUCUAGCUUGUUUGGCGCUGGUGGCGUUCUUGUCAUGCAAGAACUUUAAUGUAGCACAUUAUUCAGAAAUUUCAAAAGGCGUUGUAAAGUACAACAAUACUUGCCUGUAUAUAAAUAUUGACCUGCAUCCAAGUCCUACUUGUUCCACACCGCCUUUCUCCUUUUACAGUUGAUCUUCCACACUUCCUUUUAUAGUUGAGAGAUAAUCUAACAAGGUUAUUGAACUUUGAUGAAAACAGGCACACAAUUUAAUUAUCUAAAGGUUAUUUGUAGAUAAUAUAUUUAUAAUUAUCAUGUACAGAAAUUUUCUCUCCCAUUUUAUCGUUGUUAUUCCCCUUUGUUUAUGGAAGGUAUGUCAAAUCUGCUUUUUAUCUUAUCAUGUAUUUUGCAUGCAAGUAAAAUUGUUAUUAAAUUGCCUGUGGUCAUUUUCUCAGAUGUGAUAAAAAAAUUAAAUUGGUAGAUUUUGUA